AUGCAAACCAGAUCCAAGACUAGAAAUCUGGUUGCAUUUUCAGCAUUCAUAUUAACUAUUGAGAACAAAAAUGUGAAGGAGACCUUGAAAGAUGCUGAUUGGGUUAAUUCCAUGCAAGAGGAACUCCAUCAGUUUGAGCGGAGCAAAGUGUGGCACGUGGUUCCUAGACCUACACACAGAACAAUUAUAGGGACCAAGUGGCUGUUCAGAAACAAGCAUAAUGAAAAUGGAGUUAUCACAAGGAACAAGUCAAGACUGGUUGUUCAGGGCUAUAAUCAAGACGAAGGCAUCAACUAUGCUGAAACUUUUUCUCCUAUUGCUAGAAUGGAGGCUAUCAGAAUUCUUUUUUUCUUUUGCGGCCCUCAUGGGAUUCAAGCUCUUCCAAAUAGAUGUCAAAAGUGCCUUCUUAAAUGGAGACCUGAAGGAAGAAGUGUAUGUGAAACAACCACUUGGCUUUAA